AAACCUACUUGUAAUCAUUUUCCACUCUAUAUUUUGAGUCUUUAUUACAUAUAUUGGUCUUUGUUCACUUCAAUUCAUCAAUGACAAUUUUAGAACUGACUUAUGAUUAGUGAUAAAGGGAGUUCUGUAAAGGGGGAAAAGUGGGAAAGAAAAGGGGAAAAGGAAACUUUCGUAUAUACCGUGAUGCUUCUGUAACCUUGUGGCAUUCUAGAGCUAUAUUCAUCAUUUUCACAUUCAUUACUAAACCUUCCAGACUGGGUACCCAAAGUGGUGAAGUUUCCUUACCCUUACGAGAUGUCAUUUCUAUCUGUCAAAAAUGCUUUCAGAUCUCAAACCAUGACCAAGGAUAAGCUGUUAAAGAGCGCCCAUGGGCUGGAUGUGGCAUUGGACUGUGUCACCCACUUCGAAUCUCUUCAGGACAGAGGAGGGUACGACUGCCGCAAGCAGUUCCCAUACGAGUUGUAUAAAAAAGGGGUUCAGAAGAAGCUCAUAGACAUAUGGAUGGCAGAUGCACCUAGUGUUCGUGUACUCGACGGCGUGGGUUACAACUACUCGGCGAGUUAUGCUGGAAGCGAGUUCGCCAAGUCCCUCCGCGUGCGUAACCGCGAGAGUGCCAUCGUUCUCCGGGUGCACGUAAAGAAUCCAAGCGAAACCCCGAAGAUAGUGUUACUUCAGAUCCUUGGCUCGCUGAUCUGGAGCUUGAUUACUCUCGUGCCCGAUGAAUUUAGCACCUCGGAAGGCCUGCAUAAAAGGAAAUUUGAGACGUUUGUAGGUCGCGGACCUGGCAGCUUGGAUGCUGGCUUGGGAAUACUUCAAUCAUUGCCAAUCCUGCAACUUGACGGCAAGACAAUGCUUUGCGUCGUUGAUGGUUUGGAUCUUGCCGAGGACGAGAGUACCUUGAGCGAAUUGAAACAAUUAGUUACUAUUCUUCGCGACGUCAUGGCAAAGAAUCGCGCUCAUUUACUUUAUACGCUUAGUAAGGGGAGCGAAGUAAUUCGGUAGCUAUAAUUGUUAGGUAGAUAUCCAGUUAGCAUUGAAGCUCUUAAUUGGUGAGAAUUGUUUUGGUGAUAUGGAACUCAGAUGCAUGGUGGUUUAUAGCAAGGGUCAAUCCAUACAGCGGAUAGAUAC